CAUGUUGUUCAUAUUUAGUAUGAUCAGAACUGAUAGACAAGACCAACUCAAAUUCUUAAUUUCUAUAGAUCCAUCAGAUAUAUAGAGAAUACAAAUAAAUUGUACAGAGAUGUUCUUCUUAUAUGUAAAGUUCAAGACUUAAGCAAUAGUAGUUAUUUAAUAUAACUUAGUUUCGAAUGUUAUUUUAUCCUAUACGAUGUUUUCAUAGAAAUUUUUGUUGAAAAGUCCAUAAUAGAUGAUUAUCAUAAUCAAAAGACGGAUAUAUUUUUCAAAAAAAAAAAAAGUAUUAAAUCUAAUUAUAUUUCUAAAUAGAAAUCAAUUAUUUAUUGAAUAAAUUUUAGGCAAAUGAACGUACAACUGAUUUAAGUAUUGAUCCUCAAUAUUAUCCACAAAUAAUUGGUUCCAAAGGUAAAAAUUUAGAAGAAGUUCGUUCAAAAUUUAAUAAUAUUCAAAUAACAUUUCCUGAAGCUAAUGGUAAAAGUGAUAAAGUUAUAUUACAUGGUGAUAAAGAUGAUGUUGAAAAAUGUUCAAAAUUUUUACAACAAAAAGUCAAAGAUCUUUAUUCAAUAGAAAUUGAAGUACCAAAACGUAUAUAUCCAAUGUUAAUUGGUAAAGGUGGUGCAAAUAUUCAACGUUUACGUGAAAAAAUUCCUGAUGUUCGACUUGAUGUACCAUCAAUGGAUGAUAAUAAAGAUUCAACACAUAUACGUUUAAAUGGUAAAAAAAAUGAUGUUGAUAAAGCACGAAAAGUUCUUGAGGAACAUGUUAAUCAAUUAAAUGUAUCAAUUGAAAAUUCCAUUGAACAACAUAUAACAAUUGAUCCUAAAUGGCAUAGUCGAUUUUUUCAAAAUCGUCGUAAAUUAUUAAAUGAUUUACAACAACAAUAUGGUGAUAUGUUAAUUAAAUUACCUGAACGUAAUACAAAUUCAGAUCAAGUUUUAUUACGUGGACCAAAAGAUAUAGUUGAACAAGUACGAAAACGUUUAGAAGAAUUAAUUGAUACAUGGGAAAAUACAAUAACAAAAGAAAUGAUUAUACCACAUCGUCAUCAUCGUUAUUUACUUGCACAAGGUGGUACAUAUAUUCAACCAAUACAAAAAGAAUAUAAUGUACAAAUUAAAUUUCCACCACGUGGAAAUAAUCAAAAAGAUGAACAAGAAACAACAACAACAACAACAACAACAACAAGUGAUGAUGAUGAUAAACAAAAAGAUAUUGUCCGUUUAAUAGGUCGUUCAGAUGAUAUUGAUAAAGCAAUGAAUGCAUUAGAAAAAAUGAUACCUAGUGAAAGUUCAGUUGAUAUACCAUAUGAAGCACAUGGUAUAUUAGUUGGUAAAAAUGGUAGUAAUUUACAAUUAUUAAUUAAAAAAUAUCCUGAUGUUCAUGUUACAUUUCCACCUGUUAAUUCAUCACAAAAUACAAUACAAUUAAAAGGUCAACGUGAACAAGUUGAAGGUAUUAAAAAUGAAUUAUUAGAAUCAUAUGAAAAAUAUCAAGCUGAUAAACAAGCACGUUCACAUGAAAUACAUUUUACAAUUAAACCUGAACAUCGUUCAUUAAUAUUUGGUUUUCGUGGUAAAACAAUAAAUAAUUUACGACAAAAAUAUGAUGUUAAAAUUGAUGUUAGUAAUAAUCAAUCAUCAACUAGUGUACCAACAUCAUCUAUAAUAGAUAAUAAUAAUGAACAACAAGAUGAUAAUUUAUCAUCAAAUGAAAUAAUACAAAAUUCAAAUUCAUUAUCUGAUGUUGAAAUUAUUUUAACUGGUUAUGAAGAUAAAAUAUUAGCAUGUCAAAAUGAAAUUUUACAAUUAAUUAAAGAUUUUGAAGCUAAAAUAACAAUGGAAAUUGAAAUUGAUCCACGUACACAUGCACGUAUAAUUGGUACUGGUGGACAAAAAUUACAACAAAUUAUGAAAGAAUAUAAUGUUGAAAUUAGAUUUCAAGCUAAUAAUCAAACUGAUAAAGUACAUGUUAUGGGUUUAGAUCAAGAAAAAAUUGAUGCUUGUAUUGAUCAUUUAUUAUUAUUAGAAGAAGAUUAUCUUCAAGAUCUUCCAUAUAGACCAACAACAAAUGUACAAAAUCAAAAUGAUUCAAUAUUAGGUCAACAAUCAUCAAAUAUUCAACAAGAUCGAUCAACAACUAAUAAUGUUAAAGUAAUCAAUGAAAAUAAAAAUAAAAAACAACAACGACAAGCAUCAUUUCAAGUUAAAAAUGCACCAUGGACUAAUGGAAAAGAAUAUGAUAAUGAAUAUGAACAAAAUAAUUAUUCACAACAACGUAAUGAACAUGAAAAUUCAAUGAAAACAUCAACUACUAUGGCACCUAAUCGAGAUGAUUUGGGCGAAUAUCCAUUGUUCAGUAAUGGUCUCACAUUAUCAACAGAUGAUAGUUCAUCACAAGUGCCACAAACAACAGUGAAUACAAUACCAGUUAUUUGGGGUCCUCAAAAACGAAAUAAAUAA